UAUUACGAAUCGUGUAUCACCGUGCGGCCAGACGAGGUGAAAUAUACAGCGAAAUGAACUAUUUGAUAAGCGAAAUAUUUCGCAGGCAAAGCUAAAGGGUCGGGGAAGAUACAACAUCCGCUUUCAAAAAUGACUUAAAAAGAGUAUCUUCUGAAGCGGAACAUUCACAAAUGGGAAGAAAUUAUGAACUGUUGACUGAAAAUUUACGAAAUACUUGAAAUCCAAGUUUUUUAAUGGAUUUAGUAGCGAUUUUGUACACGUUAUUUGUUUACAUUGCACUUCAGAUGGUUGAUGUGAUGCGUUGUCUGACAGAUAUUUCACCUGUCAAAUAGUUCAUUCGCUGUAUAUUUCACCUUGUCUGGCCUUGCGGUCAUAAUAAUAGGAAAUUACGAUCAAAGGAACGAAACUAAAGUAAAGAAUUAGAAACAAAACUAAAUUGACAAACAAAGUAAGCUACACCAAAGUAGUAGGCUGUUUUGGGAGGUUAAGAAUGUUAGAACAUGCACCUUCUUGUUUAAAAAAACAUGAAAACUAUCGGGGAAGAACUAAAAGUGUCUUUGGUGUAUGUUGAUCCAUACGAAGGAGAUGCAGCAAUCGAGCUUAAACGAAUUCAGCACAAUUUGAAGCAGAGUAUAACGCAUCAACUGAUCACAAAUCAAAGCAAAUUCUCAACCACACAGCCCCAAAAGCAACUUCCACCACCAUCAUCACACAACCGCAGUCCCAGGUUUCAACAUUUCGUAGAUACCAACAUCGUACCAUUGGUAGUAGUCGGAGGGUUUAUUGGAAUAGUUAUACUGUAUCGCACAUUUUUCCUUCAAAACUACAUUUGCGUUUGCCCUCGGCCAACGUGCUAUGGAUACUCUUCAAGGCUAUGGCGUUACAUUCUCGAUCAGCUAGGGUACGAGGAUACUCCACACUAUUAACAUCCUUACGCUCCUCUAACAGAAAUCGUGCAAGGAUUCGUCAAGACAAGAACCAUCCACUACUUUGACAUCGACAUUACACUGCCGAAGUAGUGAUUUAUUGGAAUUAAUUAUGAAAAUUCGAGGCGAGCACGAAUGUGUCACACGGUGCCAACCACCCACGGCCCAAUCGCCCAGUAAAGGUAUGCAAUGGAUGAAUGAGGAUAAUAAAUGGUAAUUUUCGUAAAAUGGUGGUCAGUACUAGUUUCCCUGUAUGCAUGAUGUCAGUGGCACGAUACAAAGGGUUGGAGAAAGAAAGGCAGGAUAAUAAUUUGACGUCAAAUAUAUAAGAUUCAAAAUUCUGUGCUAACCACUUACGAUGCCAGUCAAUUGAUUCUGAUAUAGGGUAGCAUUUCAAAGGUAUAUGCUUCAUUCUUUUUCCAGCUUUUCACGACGCUGGAGGAUCCGUUACGCGUAGGGAAAAGUAGAAUAAAAAUGUUGGCAUUUCAUUUGUUUGCGAUUUUGGUGCUAUUUCAGCCUGUAAUAUCAAUCGAUGUAACGCAGGAGGAAGGACAGAGUAAUUUGUUUGGAAUUGCAAUAGUACACGAAAAGACACAACCGCACAUUCCUACAAUGGUAGGUAAUGUAAUGAAGAAAGUGAUGGCUAAUGCAAAUGGAAUAUCUAUAAAAGAAUACUACAUUCAAUACGAUCAUGAAUUUGCACCAUUUGGUGAAGACGAACAGUUCUGUGCAGCCAUGUUUGAGGGAGUUUCAGUCCUGCUGGAUACGACUUGGAUUGAUUCGAGAUACCUAGCCAGUGCUGCAGAAGAGUUCGGCAUUCCCUACUUCCACAUUGACCUGUCCGUGCAAACGUAUGUGAAACUGCUGGAAAGCUUUCUAUUGGCGCGUGGUGGCAACGAUGUAGUGUACAUCCUGCCAAACUACCAGGAUGCAGAUGCCACGAUUUAUCUGCUCAUAACAGAUUCAUAUCUUCGGGCCAUCGUCUUUGGCGAACUGGACGGUGAUACGGUGGACAGAAUAAAGGACCUUCGACCGUAUCCAUCCUUUUACGCCGUGAUAGCAGGAACGAUGGAAAUGAACACCAUACUUCAAAAAGCCAUUGACGGUGGGCUGGUGCGUAAGCCGGAGAAGUGGAACUUGCUGUUCACCGAUCUGCAGACAGACAAGUAUACCCUUGGGGAUGAUUUCCCACAAAUGAAUCGUUUGGUUCUGGACAGCAACACGUGUUGUAUCCUUUUGCAACAGCGCUUUCCCUGCAUCUGCCCUGACCCGUUCGAUCCGAUGGAUGCACAUUUACAGAAUGUGCUGGAGCGAAUUGUGCAAUGGUUUAUCAAAGAUCCGAUUCCUCUGGUACGCGCAUCUAACUGUACGCCGGAGUCACAGCAGCAAGAGCUGUUGGAGCAUGCGAUCGCAGCGCAGACGAAACUAAUGAACGAGAUCGCCGCGAUGGCAGAAUUUUGGAUCACACCCGAGAGCGGUAUGUUACGUCCCAAUCUUAAUCUCUCGAUAAUCAGCCAACCCGCAAAUCAAAACACUACCAGUGCAGCAGCACAGCCGCCGCCAGCUACCACAAUCGGAAAUGUGGCAAAAGGUCAGAUAGUGCUGGUUAAGAACGAAUCGCUUCAACCUAGCAAACGGUUUUUUCGCGUCGGAACAACCGAAUCUAUACCGUGGGCAUAUCGCAAACGUGAUCCAAAUGGAAAUAUCCUGCGCAAUUCGACCACUGGUGAGCCGAUCUGGGAAGGGUACUGUAUCGAUUUCCUGCAUCAGCUGUCGGUUGUUAUGAACUUUGACUACGAUCUCGUUUCGCCACGGAACGGUACCUUCGGGCUGCGUGAUGCGGACGGCAAAUGGGAUGGCCUUGUCGGCGAUUUAGUUGUGGGUGAGAUCGAUUUUGCUAUCGCCUCGCUCAAAAUGACGGCCGAACGGGAGGAAGUGGUAGACUUUGUAGCGCCAUACUUCGAGCAAACGGGCAUCCUGAUAGCAAUGCGCAAGCCGGUUCGCGAAACGUCGCUGUUCAAGUUUAUGACCGUGCUGCGACUGGAGGUUUGGCUGAGUAUCUUGCUAGCGAUCGUUGCAACCGCUGUCAUGCUGUGGCUUUUGGAUAAGUUUUCACCAUACAGCGCGAAAAACAACAAGGACGCGUAUCCCUAUGAGUGCAGAAAAUUCACACUGAAGGAAAGCUUCUGGUUUGCUUUGACCUCUUUCACCCCACAGGGUGGCGGGGAAGCACCGAAAGCCCUCUCGGGUAGAACGCUUGUGGCUGCAUACUGGCUAUUUGUGGUUCUAAUGCUGGCUACUUUCACAGCGAAUCUAGCCGCCUUUCUCACGGUCGAACGCAUGCAAACGCCUGUUCAAUCGCUGGAGCAGCUAUCACGGCAAAGCCGCAUCAAGUACACGGUCGUGAAGGAUUCCGAUACGCACGACUACUUCCGUAACAUGAAAAACGCAGAAGACGUGCUGUACCAAAUGUGGCGCAAUCUUACACUGUCCAGUGGGAACGAUCAGGCGCAGUAUCGCGUCUGGGACUAUCCGAUAAAAGAGCAGUACAUCAACAUCCUGUCCGCGAUCGAGUCUGCCAACCCGGUAGCUACAGCAGCUGAAGGGUUCCGCCGUGUCAACGAGCGCCUCGAUGCUGACUUUGCAUUCAUACACGAUUCCGCCGAAAUAAGGUACGAAAUAUCGCGCAACUGCAAUUUCACAGAGGUCGGCGAGGUUUUUGCCGAGCAGCCGUACGGGAUCGCCGUACAGCAGGGCAGCCAUUUGCAGGACGAGUUAAGCUAUUUCAUACUUGAGCUGCAAAAGGAGCGCUACUUCGAGUCGCUCACGGCUAAAUUUUGGAACAACAGUGCCCGGUCCCAAUGUCCCAACACCGACGACAGUGAGGGUAUCACGCUGGAAAGUCUGGGGGGUGUAUUCAUAGCGACAUUGGUGGGAUUAGCGCUUGCAAUGAUCACACUGCUCGGUGAGGUAAUUUACUAUCGUCGUAAGGAGACCAGCCGAAAUUUUAUUAAAGUAGCACCAUUCGGAAAUGCGGACAAACCCAUGGCGCGGGAUGGUAAGCGCAUUGCUCUGAAACAAAAAUCGAUCGCUGCGGUGAAACAUCUGCUCGAUUUGGACACGCCAGCUAAGGCGCUUCGCGGUGCGACGACGACAGUGAAAAUCAACACGAAAAAAGAGAAGCCAAUACCGAAGGAAAUUACGAUCGGCAAUAAGUUUGUAUCGGCGGCAGAAAAGCAACAAAAACUUUCCUACAUUUCCAUAAUGCCUAGGAAUGCUAUACAUUAGCUACAUGCAACAUGGCCUCUAUAAAUGGAUGAAUAAUUCAAUGUUUACUUUAAAUAUUUUAAACUUUUAGUUACUCAUUAGUGAAAUGGAUGUAUGCUUUCUGGUUAGUGCAUUAAACACAAUUCUACAAUACGAAAGUAUUAAAAAAUGCUUUGUUUUCAAAAGAAUUAGAAAAAACACUCUGUUCACGAAGAAAUAAACCAUAUUCAUUUUAAAAGGCA